UGUUAUCUGGUGAGGUGAACGGUGCCCCGGUGUCCUCAUAUGUGUCUGUGAACGGAGACACGGGUGUGAUCCACGCUGUGAGGUCGUUUGAUUAUGAACAGUUUCGGAGCUUGAAAAUGCAGGUGAUGGCGAGAGACAACGGUUCUCCUCCUCUGAGCAGCAACGUGACCGUGAGUGUGUUCAUCUCGGAUGUGAAUGACAACUCUCCUCAGAUUCUGUAUCCCGCCCCGGAGGGCAACUCGUUCAUGACCGAGCUGGUCCCCAAAGCUGCUCACGGAGGCUCUCUGGUGUCCAAAGUGAUCGCGGUGGACGCGGACUCCGGUCAGAACGCCUGGCUGUCGUAUCAUAUCGUGAAAUCCACUGAUCCGGGACUUUUCAGUAUUGGUGUCCACAGCGGAGAGAUCAGGACACAGCGGGACAUUUCUGAAUCUGACAGCAUGAAACAGAAUGUGAUUGUGUCAGUGAAAGACAACGGACAGCCCUCUCUGUCAGCCACCUGCUCCAUGUAUUUACUGAUUUCUGACAACUUGGCUGAGGUGCCAGAACUGAAAGAAAUGUCGAACUAUGAGAAUAAUUCCAAGCUGACCUCUUAUCUGAUCAUUGCACUGGUGUCUGUGUCCACCUUCUUCCUGACCUUCAUCAUCAUCAUCCUGGGUGUGAGAUUUUGUCGCAGGAGAAAGCCCAGACUGUUGUUUGAUGGAGCAGUUGCCAUCCCCAGCACUUAUCUCCCUCCUAAUUACGCAGAUGUUGACGGCACAGGAACUUUACGCAGCACUUACAAUUAUGACGCCUACCUGACAACAGGUUCUCGGACCAGUGACUUCAAGUUUGUGGCUUCUUACAAUGACAACACUCUGCCUGCGGACCAGACUCUGAGGAAAAGUCCUUCAGACUUUGUUGAUCCGUUCGAUGACUUGAAGGCAUCUGAAGAGGUACGAGUCUGUCUCUUUCUUUUUUUAAACUGGUAAUUAGAGAAGCCUUCG